AUGGCACCACUGCUGGGCCGGAAACCCUACCCGCUGAUUAAGCCGCUAGCGGAGCUGCCAGGCCCAGAGGAGGAGGUCUACAUCAUCGAACACACCAAGGAGGCCUUCAGGAACAAAGAGUAUCCUUUCACAUUAUGGCAAAGCCGACUCGGUUCGCCAGCUAGCUAGCUGACUAUCAAAGUACAACCAUUGUACACACUAAUUGGGACAUUGCAUUUUGUCAGUAUUUAAAAUGUUAUUCACCUCCUGAAGUUUAAUAACUAAAUACUGUAGCUAUGUUGAAUUUGUUGUGCUUCUUUGGGAUUGUUUUCCCUGUGUCGUAAUAUGAGCACACAUUGUUAUUUCGUAGCCAAAGUUGUGUUCUCUUUUUAAAACUAGCUAACUAGACAAACGGUGGCUAACUACUAAUAAUAUUAUUUGAGAAUUGCACAAUCCAGUUAUCUAGUUGAUUAUGCAUAACUGGUUUGGGUGAUUCUCACGGUCUCUUUGAGUUUGUCAUGUCGCCUCUGUGGCGCGUUUGUUAGCAUAGCUAGCUAACUUUACAGAGUAGACUGAAGAGCAAGCAGCUAACUACAGACAGAAAACGUCACAGAUUACAUCACGUCAGUUCUGACACUAGCUCAUGAUCAAAUCGGUCGGAUUUGACUUGCAGAAAAAACUGGCAAGUUUGACUUGUUGGAAAUACAACUGUUGUUAUAUGACUUGUAAGAAAAAAGCAAACGUGUUCGUGAAUCACUUUCCAAUCAAGUGCUGCCUGGCAUGCCCUAUUGAUAUUAAACAUGCAUCGUUCAGGUUGUUCAACUGUGUAAUAACAAUGCAGUUCAAUACAAUAGUUACAGAAGUAUUUUGGUGCCCCACGUGAGUUUGACAUAAUGUAUUGCUCCUUGAGGCUGCAUAACUCACUAGGCCAUCAUCACCAUUUUUUGUCUCUAGUCUAAAGGUACAGUACAAUAACCUUAUCUGAUAAACAGCAAAUUAUGUGCCACCUGUAAGCAAACCCUAAUACUACUAUCCCAGUGCACAGCAUCAUCAACCCAAAACGUUUGUGCUCUGCAUUUUCUCAGUCAGUGUAAUAUAAUGAGUAAAGUUUGUACUGCUAAACAUCUAGCCUAUAGCCAUUGGGGUUAUAGAUGCCAAAGUGAUAAUGAUAUCAGGACACGACUUAACACAUUGCUUAGUCCCUACAGAUUUAGUCUCAGUUGGAGCACAGUGUUUAUGGUGAUUACCCUGCACUUUGGCUCAGUUAUGAAAGGAUCCCGAAUGUAUGUGUGGUGUGGGACGUCCCUCACACCCUUUUAAAUUAUUGAGAUCAAUUGCUGCUAACAUGAUUAAUUAAUUAUGAAUGGGGGGGACUCUGGGUUUGCCGUAGAGCUAACUGAGUCAAGUGACUAAGUGGCUGUUCCUAUCCUGUAUCCUAGUACUCACACUAUGAGACUGUAUGAUAAUUUGAGGAGAAUAUAUGUUGUUGUUAUCCUGAUGAAAUGGCUACAGAGAGUAUGAGGCGCGCUUGCAGAGAUAUGCCGAACGCAUCUGGACAUGCAAGAGUACCGGCAGCAACCAGCUCACACACAAGGAGGCCUGGGAGGAGGAGCAAGAAGUCACUGAACUGUGAGUAACAAGCAAGUCUAGCUUGAGCGACAUUACGACCGCUAACAGAAAUGCCCUGUUUCAAAAUAAAUAUAAAUCGUCAUUACAUACAGAGGCAAAAAAUAUCAGUGCAGCUCCAUCUGUAGCACCCACAGCUCACUGUCUCCCGUUGAAGGUCACAUGAUUCACAGCUGUGUUGUUAUUGGACGUUCCCUGUGCGCCUCCUUUCUUUUUGCAGGACGUAUAGAUUGAGUCAUCCUGGAAUCCAGUGACAGGGAGAAAGCCUUCAUUUUAUUUAAUGAAAAGAGGAGAGUGCAAAAUAAGUGUCUGGUCCAGAAACAACCCCUAGCACUUCACCCCCCCCCCCCCCCCUAAACCCUAGGCAUUUGUGUCCAUCUGAAGGGAUUUGAUUAGGGAAUGUUUAUAGACAAGGUCUAGGUUCUCUCGUUUGAUACGUUUCAGUACAGUGUGUCCAGAUUGGCUGCUGUGGCAUUAAGUGCUGCGCUGUGGGAGGGUGUGAAACUUUGUGAGUUCUGUGUGUACACGAAUGACCUCAGGUUAGUGCCACAGCCAGGCUGUGCUCCACCAGCACCCUCUGCGCAGGCCAGGCAGGAUCAGCAGCCGUAUUUAAAGAUGUCUAUUUAUACCAAGCAGGGUAGUCAGGGUUUGAAUUGUCUCCCCCUGUUGGAGAAGUGGUUGUGAACACUGUACAGUCUGUUUCAUUGAGGCGUUACCAUUUGUAUGUAUUCCUCGGCUCAGACUGCUGCGUGCAUGUUUAUGAAUGAAAUGAAAGCAUUUGCAGUCCUCUGUAGCACAAUUGGUAGAGCAUGGCACUUGUAACGCCAGGGUAGUGGGUUUGAUCCCUGGGACCACUCAUACGUAAAAAUGUAUGCACGCAUGACUAAGUUGCUUUGGAUAAAAGCGUCUGCUAAAUGGCAUGUAUCAUACUAGAUUAGUGUGAAUAGUGCAAAUAGCAAUAGCCACACAAAGCCGCAAUCUGUCAAAAUUAGUUGAGUGAAAGUUCACCAAUAAACCCAAAUCAGUUUACAUUUUAGUCAUUUAGCAGACGCUCUUAUCCAGAGCGACUUAGUUAGUGAGUGUAUAUAUAUAUAUAUAUAUAUAUAUAUAUAUAUAUAUAUAAUAAAUAAAAAAAAUCCCAUACUGGCCCCCCGUGGGAAUCGAACCCACAACCCUGGUGUUGCAAACGCCAUGCUCUACCAACUGAGCUAAACGGGACCCAGUUAGCACUCAUUUUAAAUUGAGUGUUGUUAGAUAAAUGAGAUGUUUGACAUGAGUGUUUUAUGUCCAGGCUUCAGGAGGAGUACCCACUAUGGUUCGAGAAGCCCGUCCUGGAGAUGGUUCAUCACAACACGGUCUCCCUGGACAAGCUGGUGGACCAGGCCUGGGUGGAGAUCCUCACCAAAUACGCCGUAGACGAAGAGUGUGACUUUCUGGUGAGGUUCUUUUUAUUUUGGUCUAAUGCUGUGGAUGUUUGUUUUCAUGUGGUGAGAUGGUAGUCAAUGAAGGUGGAAGAAAUACUGUUAAUGGAAAAUAUGUUGAUAGAAAAUGAAAUGCACCCAAUUUUACACAUUUUUGCACGUAUUUGAUCUGAAAUACCUUUUUACCCCCCUCCCCCAAUUCAUUUUGGUGUUUUUAGGUGGGGAAGGAAAAGAGUUUGCGGGUUAAGGUCGUGAAGAUACAGCCCCUUGAGGGGAAUGCUGAGGGGGAAACGUCGGAGAAGAAGCUAGAGGGAGCCUGCGACUCUCCUUCCAGCGACAAGGAGAAUGCCAGCCAGGAGAACCAGAAGAAGGAACAACAGCUGUCCAGAGAGGAGGAGAGCCCCAGGGAAAGCAGGAGAGAGAGCCUCAGUGAGUAUAGCACCUUUGGGUCAUGUUGUGCUAACAAAUAAAAUUAUUAGAUUUUGGGUAACCUACACCAAAAUCCACAACACAGUAGGGGUGUAAAAGUUUAAAACGAAAUUGGGAUCCUUCACAUUAAGAAAAAUCCCUGACCGUUUUUAUUUUUUUCCCUACAGAAUGUAAAUUACAGUGCAGUUAUAACAAAACAUUAUUUUCUCGGUUAUAGCCUUAACUAGACGAUAGGCUAUAAAGGACUGGGGAAAGUUUUGUAAAUUUAAAGGUAGACUCAGCGAUAUGAAGUAGAUGCAGAAAGUAAACAGCAUAGUGGGUAAAUUUAUGCAACAACUAAGAGCGUUGAAGCGCAAGGCUCAACUUCGCCACUGUUUUGGUGCCCAGGCUACCACGCUGUGAACAGUGUGAAGCGAACCCGUGCAGAUGCGCAGUGACUGUAUGAGAGCGACGUGUUGCAUCGUGCUCAUCUCUAUCCUAACCUAUUCUUUGAUAGGCCCUUUACAGAAGUGAAGAAAUGGUGAACUACAGCAUUCCAUUGCGAGAUACAGCUUUUGAUUGCCGGUAGAUAGGCCUAGUGCAUGGUUCUGACUCUGUCUGCCUGGUGGCCGACCUGCCUAUAUUAUGCCCCUCCCCUCUCUCUCCGUCCCUCGCUAGCUCGCUAUGAAAGAUGCAAGUGUUUGUGUUCUCGGAAGUACGGCAACUAAUCAGUCUCCUCCGUUCCAAAAGUACUGAAUCUUAGGAGUUGAUUCCUAGCGGAAUCUAAUCUUGACACUCUGAAAUGGGAGUCGACGUGCAAGGAGUCGAGGAAUCAAUUAUUUUGGAAUCGACUAGCCGCCACUACGUCAUCGUUAUGUUGGGGAAAAUAGCAGAGAGGCAAGCGCCAGCAGAGAAGUCCUGUAUGGCAAUACUUUGAGAAGUAAAAUGAGAAGGAAAUGUAAACUUUGAGAGGUGGCAUUGAGGUACAGGUGCAAUGCUUAACCAUCUGAAAGGGACGCACUGUGCGACCCAAACCCUUGCUGGCAGCAGCGCAGCUUCAUUGUGAAUUGAUUGAAUUGAUUUUCUUUUUAGUUUAAACGGAAAACCGAUAAAACAUUUUUUUUUUAAAAACGUGUCAGUUUAAACCAUGUGUCAAACUCAUUCCAUGAAGGGCUGAGUGUCUGCGGGUUUUCGCUCCCUCUUGUACUUGAUUGAUGAAUUAAGGUCACUAAUUAGUAAGGAACUCCCCUCACCUGGUUGUCUAGGUCUUAAUUGUAACCAAAAACCAGCAGACAUUAGGCCCUCCAUGGAAUGAGUUUGGCACCCCUGAUUGAAAUGCACAAAAAAAUAAGUUACAUCCCUACAACACAGCACAUGAAGCUUUAAGACGUGGGCUAGUUUAGAGACGGCUAUUUUCACAUAUUAAAGAGAUUUGAUGUCAAUUGGACAAACCUGGAUAAACUUUUCUUUAAUUAAAAUGUACAUGUAAAAAUAGCAUAGGAUCCACACUGACCUGAUCCCAAAAAUGUACAUGAGUGUUAAAAUAUACUGGGUGCUUGUUUGCCAUUAGGUGACCGAGCACGGCGCUCCCCCAGGAAAACUCCCACCGCUAUGAAGGAGGAGAAGAAGAGAUGGGUGAUGCCAAAGUUCCUGCCACACAAGUACGACGUGAAGCUGAUCAGUGAGGACAAGGUUGGUGUCCUCUCCACUGCUUUAAAAUGUCUGUUGUUCACCUCCGGCCAUCAAGUGUAUAUGUUUUAGGUAACUGGGUCGUGUUCAUUGGUUACAAAAUGGAAGAAAAUGGAUUGAAACAGGAAGGGCCACCUGAACUUGUUGAAUAGAGACACACGUUUUUGUUUUCCGUUACCAAAUAGAUUUAAAACGUUUUCCAUUGCAUGCUGUAAUGAACACAACACUGGUGUCUAUGUUAUGUAAUUUAUAUACAUUUUUAAACCCUACACCAACAGGUCAUCAGUGAUGUCCCAGUGGACAGCCUCUUCCGGACUGAGCGCCCUCCGACCAAGGAGAUCAUGCGCUACUUCAUCCGCCACUAUGCACUCCGGCUUGGGAUAGGAGAGACGGCCCCCUGGGUGGUGGAGGAUGAACUGGUGAAGAAGUUCAACCUGCCCAGCAAAUUCAGCGACUUCCUCCUGGAUCCACACAAGGUAAACCUAGAUUUAUAUGGUGUUUUACUUUUUCUUGGUCCAAAAACCUCCACAUAAUCUCCUGUUGAUAUAGGAGCUCUCGAUUAUGUGAUGAAAAAUGAACAUGUAGAUGUAAGACAAAACGGCAUCAUACAUUGCCUUUAAAAAGUAUUCAUACCCAUUGACUUAUUCCACAUUUUGUUCUUACAGCCUAAAUUCAAAAUAUAUUUUAUCUCACCCGUCUACACACAAUACCCCAUAAUGACAGGGUGAAAACAUUAUUGAAAAUUAAAUACAGAAAUCUCAUUUUAAAUUAGUAUUCACAGCCCUGAGUCAAUACUUUGUAGAAGCACCUUUGGCAGCGAUUACAGCUGUGAGUCUUUCUGGGUACACCUGAUUGUGCAACAUUUGGCCGUAUUUAUUUAUUAUUUUCAAAAUUCUUCAAGCUCUGUCGAAUUGGUUGUUGAUCAUUGCUAUACAACCAUUUUCAAGUAGAUUUAAGUCAAAACUAAGCAACUCCAGUGUAGAUUUGGUCUUGUGUUUUGGGGUAAGGUGAAUUCAACUCCCAGUGUCUGGUGGAAAGCAGACUGAACCAGGUUUUCCUCUAGUAUUUUGCCUGUGCUUAGCUCCAUUCUGUCUUUUUUAUCCUGAAAAACUCCCCAGUCUUUAACGAUUACAAUUAUACCCAUAACAUGAUGCAGCCAUUACUAUGCUCGAAAAUAUGGAGAGUGGUACUCCGUAAUGUGUUGUAUUGGAGUUGCCCUAAACAGAACACUUUGUAUUCAGGAGAAAAAGUGAAUUGCUUUGCCAUAUUUUUUGCGGUAUUACUUCAGUGCCUUGUUGCAAACAGGAUGCUUGUUUUGGAAUAUUUGUAUUUUGCACAGGCUUCCUUUUCACUCUGUCAAUUAGGUUAGUAUUGUGGAGUAACUACAAUGUUGUUGAUCCAUCCUCAGUUUUCUCCUAUCGCAGCCAUUAAACUCUGUAACUGUUUUAAAGGCCCCAUUGAUUGGCCUCAUGGUGAAAUCCCUGACUGGUUUCCUUCCUCUUCGGCAACUGAGUUAGGAAGGAAGCCUGUAUCUUUGUAGUGACUGGAUGUAUUGAUACACCAUCCAAAGUGUGAUUUAAUAACGUCACCAUGUUCAAAGGGAUAUUCAAUGUCUGCUUUAAAUAAAUAAAAAACACCUACCAAUAGGUGCCCUUCUUUGCGACGCUUUGGAAAACCUCCCUGGUCUUUGUGGUUGAAUCUGUUUGAAAUUCACUGCUCGACUGAGGAGCCGUACAGAUAAUUGUAUGUGUGGGGUACAGGGAUGAGGUAGUCAUUAAAUCAUCAACUCUAUUAUUGCACACCGGGUGAGUCCAUGCAACUUAAGUCAAGGGGUGUGAAUACUUUCUGAAGGCAUUGUAUUUAAGAUUUUAUAUUACAUUUGUUUUUAAAUAUGUGACUAGUAGUUUUGUUUGCCUUCUAGUUUUUUGCAGAGAAUCCCGUCUCAACCAAGCGCAAGAGCCUGAGCUCAACGGAGGGCAAACCCAGUAAGAAGCUGAAGACCUCGAACACCCCAGGAGGAGUGAAUUCGGGGAACGAGAAGAAGAAAAAGAAGGAUUCUCUCGGCAUGCCCCUGAGCCCUACAAUCUGGGGCCACAUGCAGGUUUGUCAAAUUUUAUGUAUGCUGAUGUAAUCUCAUUUGCAUAUAUUUUUAGCUGGCUUAGUGGUUUUAUAAAGAAUCUGAGUUCACCUGGAAUAGGACACAGGGUUUGAGAAUUUAAAUGUUGUUCAAUUGAAUUUGCAUAUUUAGUGUGUUGCAUUAGAUUGAUUCAAUAAUGCAUCCAUUUAUAUUUUAGAUGAAAAUGAAUGGCUCGCCUCUGAAGGUAAAGAAUUCCGGAACCCCCAAGAAAAGAGAGGGAGGGGCCUCUGUCCUCUCCUCUCCAAAAUCCAGCAAAAAACCUGGGGACAAGAAAUCUGCUGCUGGCAAAAAGACCCCCGGCAAGAGCAGUCAGAAGGCGUCCUCCAAAAAGGAUGAAAAGGGUGGGGGCGCUAAGAAGCCUAAGAUGAAGCAGAUGACCCUGUUGGACUUGGCCAAGAGCCCUCCCUCUGCCGGAAGCCCCAAGAAGAGAGCCCGGAGCACUGGCCCAGGGACCCCCAAACUGGGCAAGCCCCUGCACCCCAUGGCCCUGCACCUGCUGCGCUACUACAAGGAGAACAAGGGCAAGGAGGACAAGAGGAACGCCAUGUCCUGUCUCAUAUCCAAGGCGGCCAAGGCCCUCUCGCCUGAGGACCGGGGCCGGCUGCCCGAGGAGCUCCGUGACCUGGUCCUGAAGCGCUGGGAGCUGCUGGAGCACAAGAAGAAAUGGGCGGCCAUGAGCGAGGAGGAGAAGCAGGACGUGAUGAGGAAGAAACGUAAGGAGAUCAAGGAGAAGCUCCGGGAGAAGACCAAGGAGCGGCGGGAGAAGGAGCUGCAGGUGCGCCGAGAGCAGCAGCGCCGCUAUGAGGACCUGGAGAUCGAGGGCGGCAAGGCACUGCCUGUCUUCAAGCUGGUCGACAUGCCAGAGGGGCUGCCCAACUCCCUGUUCGGAGACGUGGCCAUGGUGGCAGACUUCCUCAACUGCUACGCGGGCCUGCUGAUGCCCGAUGACCAGUACCCGGUGACGGCAGUGGCCCUGAUGGAGGCUCUGGCCGGGGAGAAGGCAGGUUUCCUCUACCUGAACCGUGUGCUGGUGGUGCUGCUUCAGACCCUGCUGCAGGAUGAGCUGGCCGAGGGCUACAGCGAGCUGGACAUGCCCCUGUCGGAGAUCCCCCUCACGCUCCACUCUGUCUCUGAGCUGGUGCGCCUGUGUCUGCGGCCGUGCGACGCCCACGGCGAUGACUCGGGCCAGGGCUCUGGGGGGGAUGACUGGGGCCCCCUAGGGGGCUUCGACCAGGUGGUAAGCAGCGAGUUCCUCGAGCGGCUGGAGGCGGUGGAGGUGUUUGAGCUGACGUCGACAGAGAAGGCCAGCCUGCUGGUGGCACUGUGCCACCGCAUCCUCAUGACCUACUCGGUGGAGGACCAUGUGGACUCCAUGCAGCAGCGCUCGGCCGAGCUGUGGAAGGAGAGGCUGGCCUCGCUCAAGGAGGUCAACGACCGCAAGCGGGCUGAGAAGCAGCGGCGCAAGGAACAAGCCGAGGUCAAAGGCGAGGAGGCUGCCAAUGGCGAUACGCCGUCAGCCACCGCCAAGAUGGAGAAGAAGAAAGAGGGUAGUGCCAAGAAAGAGGUGAAGAAGGUGAAAGCAGAGCCGGUGGCCGCGGAGCCUGAAGACAUGAUCAGUACAGUGAAGAGUAGGAGGCUGAUGUCCAUCCAGGCCAAGAAGGAAAAGGAGGAGCAGGACAGACAGAACAAGGGUAAGGACAGCCGGAAGUGUUGUUGGUCAUUAGACUAUCACUAGUCAUAGAAAAAUAUUUCUUAACAAAGGCGUGAAUGAUGCAGCACCCCCCCAAUGCCAGAUCUCUAUGGCAAGAUGCAUCAUUCACUCAAGUUUAGUCAAAAUCGGGCCAUUGGUUUUUGAGAUCUCGUUGGUUAGCUAGACUCAUCCCUGAGCAUGUGUGCCAAAUAUCAUCACUCUGAGUCAAACAGAUUAAGAGAUAUAAACGUGUCCGUUAUAGCGCCACCGUGUGGUCGAUAUGAAUGUUCUUGCAUAUGUUGUCUUGACAAUGUUUGCAACCUGUGUACCUAAUGUUGUUACAAUAUGAAUGUCCUUUGUGCCAGACCACAUGAAAGUGUAUUGGUCAAUAGUCUGGAGAAGACUGCGUUGAGAGACCUUUGUCCAUGGAUGCCACAUACGAAGUUUUGUGCAGAUCGGUCAUUCGGUGCCAGAAGAGUAGUGUUUAAGUGUUUUUCACAAAUUCAAAAUGCCAGAAAUUCCAUCAUGACAGACCUUAUGAGUCCCUGAGGCAAAUAUGUUCCGUGUGAGGAGAGGGUCCUAUGUACCACAUUUCACGACUGUAGGUCAAACAGGGUGAGGGGCUUAACCUUUCAAAGUUUGCAUUUUCAAUCUCUUGUUACAGCGCCACCAUCUGACCAAUCAGUGUAAUUUUGUUAAUGCCAGAUCUCUAUGGUAAGACUCAUCAUUCACACAAGUUUAGUCAAAAUGGGGCCAAUGCGGUCUGAGAUUGUGUGACUAACGUACUAACAGACGGAGACAGAUCCACAGUCCUCUCCCCGAUUUCAUCGUGGGGGACAAUUAGAAAGGAUAAGAUAACCAUGGUUGAAUUUGAGCCAAACAAGGCUGAGUGUCCAUGAUUGCUUAGGUCAUUUAUGCAAUGGGAAUGCUCUGUUAUGAAUGAUGUGCCUAUAAAAAGUGUCACAGGCUCAAAUAAUUGUUUCUCUCCCCUCAGAGCGCAUGGAGAAGGAGGCGGAGGAGGAGCGUGUCCGCAAGCAGAAGGCUGCAGCAGAGAGGGCCUUCCAGGACGGCAUCGCCAAAGCCAAACUGGUGCUGAGGAGAAUCCCACUGGGAACUGAUCGAAACCAUAACAGGUCAGCCAGCAUGCACACUUCAAUGGUUCAGGUGUUUCAUUUAAAGUUGACUCUUGAUACAUGCACAUAAGUUGUAUGGUUUAGUGCAUGCAUCCUCAACGGUCCCAAGACAUUGGAUAUAUUAGAAAAUCGACAACUAUGUAAAAUGUAAACCGUUUUACCACAUAGUUGAUUUAAUGUCACUGUUGGUUUAUAUUACCGUCGGUAUUGACCAUCCAACUCUUUGUGUCUGUGUGUUAGGUACUGGCUGUUCUCUGAUGUGGUGCCUGGCCUGUACAUAGAGAAGGGCUGGGUGCACGACAGCAUUGACUACAGCUACACCCUCCCCCUGGAGGAGGCUGCAGCCGAGCCUGAGGACGAGGAGGCCACCAAAGAGGAGACUAAUGGUGAGAACACUGUCAUCACAGCUGAGAGUCUGCAAACCUUAGUACUAGUACAGCUUAUGCUCUUCACUAGCUAGGUAUAGUGCCUCAUGUCCCUGAAGAGUAAAGAAAUAUAAUUGAUAAAUAUAUCUAUGAGCAACAAUGAACUGGGCUCCCAGGAUGACAGAAAGGACAUGAUCAGUUGAAUAACAAAGCAAGCACUCUAUCAUGUAGGAACUAUCUUUAUGUGCAAUCAUGAAUCUAAAUACAACAUCAGGAGUGAAUCUGACGUAUGGUUCAUGAGGAUUUUGAGCAUUAGCGUUACAUAUGCAAAGAAUGAGUUGCUUAUAGUUUCCUUGUUUUAGAUAUCAAUCCCAAAUUCAGUGUGGUUCAUUUUAGGGACAUUCAUGAUAGCGACAACAAGUUUCAAGUUGAUAGACCACUGUGGAGUGGAUUUACAGUGGUUUAAAUGGACACAAGAUCUGAUUUGUCAAUAACUCAGCCAUAUUUUGACCAAACCCUUAGCUGUUUUUAAACUAAGGUAAGACAUGUACCAUGGGCCUACAUGUUAUUUGGUUAUUUGGUUCAUGAGAAGAUUUUUGAAGUAUUUUUUGCAUAUUACUGUAUGUGCUAAUAUGCAUCCACUGAUAUAGUGUGGCAAUCUUUGAAUACGUCAACAUUAUUUUCUUAAACUCUUUAGGGACUAUUGUGAUGAGUCAAAAUACUACAUUUGGAGUAAAUCUGACUUUUAGUCAAUGAGAAGAUUUUUUAAAAAUGAUUAUUUUGAGCAUUAGCGUUACAUAGUCAAAGUGAAUUGUUACUAGUUUCCUUAUUUUUUAACAUAUCAAUGCCAAACUUAGUUUCACGUUGAUAAGGCAUUGUGGAGUGGAUUUACAAAGGAUUUAAAUGAACACGUAAAAUCUGCUUUCCUUAUUUAUUAAUAAAUCAGCCAUCUCUUAAACCUACGGGUUCCCAAACUUUUUUGGCCAACGACCCCAUUUUUAUAUCUGAAAAUGUUGGACUCCAACCAUGUUGGGGGAAAAAGUAUGUAAUUAUUAACAGCCAAUGUUUAUUUUUUCCUUUGGGGAUAUGGCAGUCAAUUGAAAAACAUUCUAACAGUAUUUCUCAAAUCACCAUCACAUACUUUUAAUGUGGGGCUAUGACAGUCAAUUGCAAAUUAGUCUGACAUAAUGUAUCGCAUCGCACCACUACUAAUGAGAUGGGUGUGCUUGAUGCAUGUCGCAUCGGAGCUUUUCAAAGUCAGGGAGUGUGGUCGACAGUGUGCACCUCAUCUCUGCUCUCACAUCCAACCCGGAUCAAUGUUUGGUUUUAAUGCAGACGAGAGCACUUAAUCCAGCUUCACCCAUGAGUUUUAUGGUGCUUCAAGACAACUGGGAACUCAGAAAAAUAUGAGGUCAAAUCAUGACGUUAGUGAUCUUCAGUUCAGAAAGUCUGAGUUCUAGAAAGAGGCCCGAGCUCCCGAGUUGGAAUUCUGAGUAGGAUGACCGUUCAAAACUAUUUUUCCCAGUCGGAGCUCGUUUUUUCCGAUGUUCCCAGUUGUUUUGAACAUGGCAUUAAUGCUCAGGGGGAGACGGCAGGGUAUUCCCUUUGAGUCAGGAACCAAAACACCUGCAAGCUUGUGUUCAGUUCAUUCAGUUUCCCAAAUAUGUCCGUUACAUAAGCAAGGAUACACAUUUUAUUUUCAUUACACAGAAAGUCAACCAAGUCUUUUUGUAAAAAAAAAAAAAAUUGGGAACCCAUUGUGAAAGGCAACAGUUCCUCUCUCAAUGUGAAAAAUCUUUCCAACACUCUCCCUCGAUAACCACCAAGCCUCGGUAUGAAAUAGAACAUUGUCAUGCUCUGAUCCCAUAUCUCCACAUAGUUUUGCGAACAGGUGUGCGCACAGUGGAUUUGGUUUGUUUAGUUUAGAAUCUAAGUUACCUGCUGCAGUAUAUCUCUGAGUUCUGUGCUCGGCUUUUGUGCUGCCAGUUGCAUGUAUCAUACAUUGCGUCCGUAUGGCAGAGGGAGACGCAUUAAAACUAGAGUGCACAGGCCUGCCCGCCAUCCCACCAUAGAUUGAACCCCAUCAGUGCAAAAGCACAUCAUUCGAUCCCAUAUGGAAUCUGUUUUUCGUCAAUAUAGUGAUGCAGCACACUGAACAUCCCCUGUACCGUUUCAUGCUUGGGAAUCGUGAGAUAGAACAAUAUGUCCUCGUGAAUAGCAUCCAACAUGUAUAGUGAACAUAAGUCAAUGCAUGGGCAUCUCGACCCUCACAGCUAACGUCCAUUUGGAGAGCAUAAGCUGGGGUGUUUGAGUCGUUCAGUCAUUUUCCUCUUGAUUGCUAGCAAUAGCAUACAUUUUUCAAUUCUCCCGCGACCCCAUUUUUAUAUCCGGCAAGCCCUAGUUUGAGAACCGCUGUCUUAACCAAUCCCUUAGCUUUUCUCAAACUAAAUUACGGGGUUCGUACGUCAUGAAAAUCCUGGAAAAGUCAUGGAAUUUUUAAAUGUUUUCCAGGCCUGGAAAAGUUUGGAAAAUGAUACAAUUCGAAAGGUUUUGGAAAAGUCAUGGGAAUUAAUUUAAUAAUUUCACUUAAUGUAAUUUAUUUAGGCACUGUUAAAUAUUUUAUAAAUCAAAUUAAAAUCAACAUAUCAGCCAGGAUCAGAAUGACACUUUAGCGCGUCUGUUUGCGCGCAUCACUUGCAUGCCAGAGGAGUGGUCAGUUGCUCAAGGAAAGGGAGACGGUCAGACAUUGCAGCAGCAGGUAGGCCUAUAUAUAGCCUAUAAAAUAUGAUCGAGAACAGACUAAUAAUAGGUAGCCAAUUUAAAACAUAUUUACCCUGUAGUUAACUGUUUAGCUAUUAUUAGCAUGUAUGUUUUCGUCAUGUCCCAAAAAACUUUCCGCCAACACUUGCGAACAAGGCCAUACAAAGUUGAUUCAUUUAAACAAUUAUUGUUUAUAACAAGCGAUUCACUUCGCCAUUGUAUUAGUUGGGAUUUGGUUCAAUCACGAUGAAUCGAAUGUGAAUAAAAAUUAAAAUGUGUGAAUCGCAAACAGUAAUAUUAGGUGGAAAAAAAGAUUAGAUGUAGCCUUUCUUUUGGAUUAUGUGGCUUCAAAACUUUUGGAGAUACUUCCAGUUGAUUUGGGCAUCCAAUGUAUAGGACAUUGUAACUCAAUAAAUUCUAGUCAGCCUGCAAAGUAAACACUUCUAAGGUAUGACUAAACUAAAAAGGUAAAUUUACUGAAGAAAAUUUGUGGGCUUGCUUCAGCUGAAUAAAAAUAUUUGUAGCCUAACAUAGCCAUUUUUGAUCUUUGAUGUAUUAAAUUAGUGAAUUAUUUCAAAAGGCGUAACGUAUUUGGUUGCAAUGUUAUACAGGACAGCUAGUGGGUGUGUAGGCUUUUAUUCCAGUCCCCCUCUGUGUUUGAGCAGAGCUUGAUCAAAAGCCUGCACACCCAGAGUGUUGACCACGUGUUAUACAGUUGCCUAACUGGUAUUCUACUUUGUGGGGGGUUAAGUGCCUUGCACAACGACAGGAGAUGGUACAGAGAGCAGCCUCUGUGUCAAUACCACAUUACGCAUACUUUUGUUAUACGCACAUAGACUACGCUAACGGUUGGUCAUGGAAAUUUGGUUAAAAGUCAUGAAAUUCCAUCUGUCAAAAUGUGUAUGAACCCUGAAGUUAAGAGAGGCCUACGGACCUUAUGGGUCCUCGAAGCACGUUUGUUCAGCAUGUAAAAGACGCCUACAUACAAAGUUUAGUCUCUAGGUCAAACAGGGCGGCUGAUAUGAGGGUUUAAGUGACACCUCUUACAACAGUGCCACCUAUAGGCCAGUCAGUGCCAUUCUUUUUGACUACAUUACUCAUGGCCCUGUGGUUUCUGUGUGCCAACUUAGAAACCAAGUUACCAAUCUAUGCUUGAGUUAUUUGACCAUGUCAAAAACAUUUUUAGAAUUUGCUGUGAACCCCAAAAUAUAAUUUAUUGGUAUUAUUAGUUGUAGAUGGUUUUGUUGUAGUUGCAUCGUUAAACUUGGGUCGUAUUCAUUAGGGCACACCGUAGAAAAACGUAGUGCAACAGGAAAAACAUAUAAACUUAUUGGUCAAGUUCAGAUAGUCCCUCACUUUCUUCGGUUUUGUGCCUACUGAACACUACCCUGUUCUGUUGCUGGUCCUGCAGAUGUUGAGGAGGACGGUGGCAGUCUAGAUGGUGCUCUGAGCGAGGGAGCCCACCAGGGGGCACCAGCCGCUGUCUGCAUCGAGACCACCACUCCCAAUCAGGGACAGAACCUCUGGUAAGAAACUCACUAGCAGAGAAUGGUCAUUGGUUGACUUGAUAACUAAAACAAUUUGUGUGUCUUUCAAUAACAAUGUUGAAACAAUACUUACACCAGAGAGCAGAUUAUUAUAUUUGUGCUUGGACAUACUAUGUGUUUACACCAAGCUUGUGUUUGUUGUGUUGAAGGUUUGUGUGUGAUGCUCCACGGGACCUCGAUGACCUGGUGGAGAGUCUCCAUGCACAGGGUGUGAGAGAAAGCGAGCUGAAGACCAAGCUGCAAGUCAGGUGAGGAGACGUGAGCCUUACAUUCUACAAACCAUCCACGAAUUCACUCACUCACCCAAUGACUGCCUUGUGAGCGACUCCACACUUUUUAAAAGUUGUCCAAUUUAUGCAAAUAGCCCAGAGUUUUUCCUGGUUAGGUCACAUGGAUCAGGUAAGUGUGACUGACUGACUGGGUGUUGUACGCUGACAGGUACCAGGACAUCCUCCACUCUAUCAACCUGGCCCGCAAGGGGAACCCGGGGCUGAGGAGCUGCGAUGGCCACCAGGAGCUGCUCAAAUACCUGCGCAGCGACGUCAUCGAGGUGGCCUCGCGCCUCCAGAAGGGCGGCCUGGGCUACAUGGACGACAGCAUGGAUGAGUUUGAGAAGAAGGUAACUAUUUAUUCAUACAAUCAAUUCACAUGUUUUGAAUCAGGAGUUUAUCCUGAUCACUUAUCUGGUCAGGUCAUAUGGUCAGGAAAAACUAAUGGCCGUACACAUUAUUUUGUAUCUACCAACUUUUCAAGAGCUUCCUCAAUGCCCAUUUACCUGUAUUUUUCUUUGUGUGUUGCACAUUCAGCAAAGUAUGACAUCUGAAAUUGACCUUUCCCCUCUGACCCCUGUCUCUUUCUCUUUGUGUGUUCAGGUGCGUGACCUGGAGAACCUGAAGGACUUUGGGGAGUGUGUCAUCACCCUCCAGGCUUGCGUCAUCAAGAAGUUCCUGCAGGGCUUCAUGGCCCCCAAGCAGAAGAAGAAGAAGAAGCAGGAAGGGGAGGAGAGCAGGAAGACAGAGGAGGUGGAUGAGGAGAAGAAGCUGGCGGAGGAGGCCAGGGUGAGUAAUACCUAUUUUAGACAGAACAUGGUAUGUUACCUAUAAUAAAAACAAGGCAACCCCCUUUCAAACAGCCCCUUAUUUAUCACUUUCUUGCAAGUAUAACCCCUUUUAUACAUGUCAGUGUGUAAUUGGCAAUUUCGAUGGGGGGGGGUUAAACCAUGGGGCCUGUUUGCAAUUCAAAUUAGGAAGGUGUCAUUGAAUUUACCUGCAUAAAACAGAUCUAUUCUCACAGCCCAUUACCAGUUUUUUGGUUACAGGGUCUGAAAAUGAAGGUUUCAUGACUAGGUCUCGAGGUGGGUUGUAAUGUACCAUGUUUUUUUUUGGUUUUUUUUUACCCCCUACCCCUUUCAGAUAUAUACAAAAGAUGGUAUAAAGAAGAUGGUAUGGUAAAAAAGUGGGAUUUGUCUAUUUAUGAAAGGGGUAUUACUAAUGACUGAUCCAGAAUCCAAUGUUUCUUCUUCCUGCUAAUGGUUAAGAAUAGGAUUGAAGCUAGGGUAAUCUGAUCCUUGAUCUGGUUUUAAAGAGCUUAUUCUAUCCUAAGCUGUAUUUGAGUUUAAGGAGGACUGUCUUUUCAAAUCAAAUACAUGUUUAUUUAAAGUGCAUUUUAAACACAUACUUUUCUGUAAAAGUCUAUACAAUAAAAGAGAUUAAAAAAACAAAAGUCAAUAAUAGUAAUUUGUCUGCCGUGCAGGUGGCGACAGCAGUCGAGAAAUGGAAGACGGCGAUCCGCGAGGCCCAGACCUUUUCCCGGAUGCACGUGCUGCUGGGCAUGCUGGACGCCUGCAUCAAGUGGGACAUGUCGGCAGAGAACGCACGCUGCAAGGUCUGCCGCAAGAAAGGUGAGUGAUCCUCAAUGUCCUGGAGCUGUGUGAGGGAGUCCGAAAACUGAAGGGGGAAUUUAAAAUGGUGUCAAUGGAAAGCGCAUGCCAAUUGAUAAGAAACAAUUGCAGAAAUUAUCCUAAAAGUGGAUCUAAUUUUAACACUAAAGUCAAUUAGAUGUAGAAAAUAUACACUACCGUUCAAAAGUUUGUGGUCACUUAGAAAUGUCCUUCCAUUUUUGUCCAUUAAAAUAACAUCAAAUUGAUCAGAAAUACAGCCUCCCGAGUGGCGCAGUGGUCUAAGGCACUACAUCGCAGUGCUAGCUGUGCCACUAGAGAUCCUGGUUCGAGUCCAGGCUCUGUCGCAGCCGGCCGCGACCGGGAGACCCAUGGGGUGGCGCACAAUUGGCCCAGCACCGUCCACGGUAGGGGAGGGUUUGGCCGGCAGGGAUGUUCUUGUCCCAUCGCGCACUAGCGACUCCUGUGGCGUGCCGGGCGCAGUGCGCGCUGACUCGGUCGCCAGGUGUACAUUGUUUCCUCAUUGGUGAGGCUGGCUUCCGGGUUAAGCGGGCACUGUCUCAAGAAGCAGUUCGGUUGGGUUGUGUUUUGGGGGACGCACGGCUCUCGACCUUCGCCUCUCCCGUGUCCGUACGGGAGUUGCAGCGAUGGGACAAGACUGUAACUACCAAUCGGAUACCACGAAAUUGGGACAAAAAAGGGGGUAAAAUACCAAUAAUAUAUAUUGUGCUAACAUAAUUGCAAAAGGGUUUUCUAAUGAUCAAUUAGCCUUUUUAAAAUGAUAAACUUGUAUUAGCAAACACAACGUGCCAUUGGAACACAGGACUGAUGGUUGCUGAUAAUGGGCCUCUGUACGCCUAUGUAGAUAUUCCAUUAAAAAUCAGCCGUUUCCAGCUACAAUAGUCAUUUACAACAUUAACAAUGUCUACACUGUAUUUCGGAUCAAUUUUAUGUUCUUUUAAUGGACAGAAAUAGAUUUUCUUUCAAAAACAAGGACAUUUCUAAGUGACCCCAAACUUUUGAACGGUAGUGUAUAUGUACAGUGGGGAGAACAAGUAUUUGAUACACUGCCGAUUUUGAAGGUUUUCCUACUUACAAAGCAUGUAGAGGUCUGUAUUUUUAUCAUAGGUACACUUCAACUGUGAGAGACUGAAUCUAAAACAAAAAUCCAGAAAAUCACAUUGUAUGAUUUUUAAGUAAUGAAUUUACAUUUUAUUGCAUGACAUAAGUAUUUGAUAAAUCAGAAAAGCAGAACUUAAUAUUUGGUACAGAAACCUUUGUUUGCAAUUACAGAGAUCAUACAUUUCCUGUAGGUCUUGACCAGGUUUGCACACACUGCAGCAGGGAUUUUGGCCCACUCCUCCAUACAGACCUUCUCCAGAUCCUUCAGGUUUCAGGGCUGUCGCUGGGCAAUACGGACUUUCAGCUCCCUCCAAAGAUUUUCGAUUCGGUUCAGGUUUGGAGACUGGCUAGGCCACUCCAGGACCUUGAGAUGCUUCUUACGGAGCCACUCCUUAGUUGCCCUGGCUGUGUGUUUCGGGUCGUUGUCAUGCUGGAAGACCCAGCCACCACCCAUCUUCAAUGCUCUUACUGAGGGAAGGAGGUUGUUGGCCAAGAUCUCGCGAUACAUGGCCCCAUCCAUCCUCCCCUCAAUACGGUGCAGUCAUCCAGUCCCCUUUGCAGAAAAGCAUCCCCAAAGAAUGAUGUUUACACCUCCAUGCUUCACGGUUGGGAUGGUGUUCUUGGGGUUGUACUCAUCCUUCUUCCUCCAAACACGGCGAGUGGAGUUAAGACCAAAAAGCGCUAUUUUUGUCUCAUCAGAGCACAUGACCUUCUCCCAUUCCUCCUCUGGAUCAUCCAGAUGGUCAUUGGCAAACUUCAGACGGGCCUGGACAUGCGCUGGCUUGAGCAGGGGGACCUUGCGUGCGCUGCAGGUUUUUAAUCCAUGACGGCGUAGUGUGUUACUAAUGGUUUUCUUUGAGACUGUGGUCCCAGCUCUCUUCAGGUCAUUGACCAGGUCCUGCCGUGUAGUUCUGGGCUGAUCCCUCACCUUCCUCAUGAUCAUUGAUGCCCCACGAGGUGAGAUCUUGCAUGGAGCCCCAGACCGAAGGUGAUUGACCGUCAUCUUGAACUUCUUCCAUUUUCUAAUAAUUGCGCCAACAGUUGUUGCCUUCUCACCAAGCUGCUUGCCUAUUGUCCUGUAGGCCAUCCCAGCCUUGUGCAGGUCUACAAUUUUAUCCCUGAUGUCCUUACACAGCUCUCUGGUCUUGGCCAUUGUGGAGAGGUUGGCGUCUGUUUGUUUGAGUGUGUGGACAGGUGUCUUUUAUAAUAAUAUGCCAUUUAGCAGACGCUUUUAUCCAAAGCGACUUACAGUCAUGCGUGCAUACAUUUUUUUUUUUUUUUUUUGUGUAUGGGUGGUCCCGGGGAUCGAACCCACUACCCUGGCGUUACAAGCGCCGUGCUCUACCAGCUGAGCUACAGAUGUAACUUGUUCAAACAGGUGCAGUUAAUACAGGUAAUGAGUGGAGAACAGGAGGGCUUCUUAAAUAAAAACUAACAGGUCUGUGAGAGCCGGAAUUCUUACUGGUUGGUAGGUGAUCAAAUACUUAUGUCAUGCAAUAAAAUGCUAAUUAAUUACUUAAAAAUCAUACAAUGUGAUUUUCUGGAUUUUUGUUUUAGAUUCAGUCUCUCACAGUUGAAGUGUACCUAUGAUAAAAAUACAGACCUCUACAUGCUUUGGAAUUAGGAAAACCUGCAAAAUCGGCAAUGUAUCAAAUACUUAUUCUCCCCACUGUAUGUUGUGCUGAAAUCUAUCAUUAGGUGGCGGUAGAGCACCGUGCCCCAAAGUUUCGUCAAGAAAACCUUUCACAGUAUUGAGUCUACACCAGAGUUUCCCAAACUCGGUCCUAGGGCCCCCCGGGUGCAAGUUUGGGGUUUUGCCCUAGCACUACACAGCUGAUUCAAAUAAUCUAAGCUUGAUGGUGGGGGGGGCAGGACAGAGUUUGGGAAACCUGAUCUACACUACAGCAUUUGACUGUCAUUUUCUGCCUGUUGGAGAUGAUCCGCCUGAGCAAGGUGCUGUGAAGACUCAGCGAUCCACAAAUCAUCUUGCAUUCCAAACAACUUGCCACUAAAGCAGGGGUGUCAAACAAGGCCCGCGAGCCCAUCAAAUCUGGCCCGCGAGGUGGUUUGAGUAAAUUUUUUUAUUAACAAACCUUUCAGUGGAAAUACGAUCUUAAUCGACAUUGAAAUGACUAAAACUAAAUUGAAACUGUAGAAAUAAUCACCUACAUUUAGUCUCUUUUUAAAAUAAAUAUUUUAUUGUCACAUACACCCAAUAGGUGCAGUGAAAUGUGUUGUUUUGCUCAGUGCAGCUUGCUACAGUCAUCAAAAUCAAAGCUAGAUAGUUGGGGAGCAUAGAAAACUCAGAAAGCGAUGGAUAGAGGACAAUAUUUUUCACAUUUUGGCCUUUGAGUCAGACCUCUCGAACAGGCAGAAAUGCAUAAUUAAUAUAAUAGAAUCUUUGAAUGACUGAAGUGAAGUUGCUAAGAGAAGUUAUUAUCAGCUAUGUGUUGAGCUUUGCUCUAGUAAAUGUAUUACCUUGAUUUAACCAGUUAUGUUAUUGGAACACAUUCUCUUCCAAUAACAACCUGUACUCUCUCCAGGGACAGGGCUGAUGCCACCUGUCCUCGUGCUGCGGGACAUGGUUAGUCCCAGGCAGGGCAGGGGGACGAGCCCAGAGCAGGGACAGGGUAGUGUCAGACAGGUGCAGGUGUACCACACACUGCCACACAGCCACACUACAGGUGAACUAGCAGUAGGAUACUACAGUAUAAGGUCCUGUAUAAGUAUUGAAGUAAUAUAAGCACCAAUUAGUAGAAGUACAAUACGCAAGGUCCUGUAUGAAAAUACACCGCUCCCUCCUAUCCAUGUAGCAGAUCUGACAUUAGCAGAGUUGGUGUAGUGGAAACCUACCCAGUGAUUUCAGGUCAGCCAUGACUUGUAGCCUUAUCUUGAACUACAAAUAUUUGGAAAUGACAGAUUAUAUAGGUUAUAAAUGAUUUUGAUGAAUGCUUGUUUUAGUAGAUCUAAUGGGUGAGCUAAUGAGUGAAACAAAAGUCACUCUGGGACCCUUCUCCCUGGGGUUUUGACCAGCUGUCUCAUUGUAAACGGAGCCCUAGCCAAAUGACCCUGGAUGUCUUGGGGCAGCUCCUUGGCUCAAUCCCAUAUCAUCCCCUACUCCCUAGCCCUUUUGUGUACCACUCAGGGUUUUUUUCCUCACACCUGUCCCUGUCAAAAUAGUUCCUACACCUCUAAUCAUUAACCACCUCUGGCCCUAACUUGUAGCUGUGGGUCCUGGGCUGUGAAGGAUGCAGCGCGGGCGUUGUUCGAUUUCUCAGUUGUAGCUUUUGCACGCGCAGUCCGUUCAGAGAGGGUUCUCCUUAUUUAAUAUUUUACAUGAAUAACUUUUGCUGGUCUUAAUGACUUCACACAUUUCAUUGUCUUGAGUUAAUGACUACUUACUGAGUCUGUUUGUGAUGAUCUCUCCUCUCCCCUCCAUCCUUUCUUCAGGUGAGGAUGACAAGCUCAUCCUGUGUGACGAGUGCAACAAGGCCUUCCACCUGUUCUGUCUGCGCCCCGCCCUCUACCGCAUCCCUCAAGGGGAGUGGCUGUGCCCCGCCUGCCAGCCCGCCGUGCAAAGACGCUGCUCCCGCGAAAGGUAGGGGUCACACAAUAACACACAUCACCUCACUGGAGGAUUAAAUACUUAGCUGUGUCUACACUUUCUGGUUCGUCGUCAAACACGACGAGCAAGCCGUUUCAAUCUAAAGAUGGUGCUGUAUAAGCCACUUGGAAAAUACUCUAGUGUUUUAUUAUUUUGACUCCACUGAUGAGCCUCCCAAAAUCAUACAAUUCUGUUCCAUGUUUCAGAUGUUCUUCCAAACCUACAGCGUGUAAAGAAAGAAGCGGGUUUUGCUAGAACACUGGUUAUGUGGUUGUUGGGUACCAAUUGGAUGAACGCUCUUUAACAUAGAAUGCUAAUGGCUACUUGUUGUUCCAGAAACUACAACGAGGACACUGAGGAAGAGGAGGAUUCUGAGGAUGAAGCGGAGUCUGAAUCUGAGGACUCUGAUGAAGAGGACGAGGAGGAUAAGGAUUACAAGGCCAUGGGCCACAGCUGUGAGUAUUAUUGACUCCUGUAGGGACCCUUACUUACCAUAACCCAAUGUAACAGUACUGACGAGAGCAGGGUGGCCAACGUGCAGGGUUUUGUUCCAGCCUAGUGUCUAUCAUAAGUAUUCACCCCCUUGGUGACAUUUUCUUUUUAAAACAAUUUUUUACAAUUUAGUGGGAGUCUUGCCAAUAGAUUUUCAAGCAGAUUUAAGUCAAAACUGUAACUUGGCCACUAAGGAACAUUCACUGUCUUCUUGGUAAGAAACGCCAGUGUAGAUUUGGCUGUGUGUUGUAGGUUAUUGUCCUGCUGAAAGGUGAAUUUCUCUCCCAGUGUCUGGUGUAAAGCAGACUGAAGAAGGUUUUCCUUUAGGAUUUUGCCUGGUCUUAGCUCCAUCCCGUUUUGUUUUUAUCCUGAAAAACUCCCCAGUCUUUGCGGAUGUCAAGCAUACCCAUACCAUGACGCAACCACCACCAUGCUUGAAAAUAAGGAGGCGGUUACUCAAUGACGUGUUUGAUUUGCCCCAAACAUGAGGCUUUUCAUUUAGGCCAAACUUUGUAUUCCUUUGCUGUGAUAAAAGGAAGCAUGUUUUGGAAUAUUUGUAUUAUGUAUAUUUGUAUUAUUUUCACUCUGUCAUUUUGGUCUUUAUUGUGGAGUCACUACGAUGUUGAUCCAUCUUCAGUUUUCUCCCAUCACCUACUGUCUCAUGGUGGCAUCCCUGAGCAGUUUCCUUCCUGUCCUUCAGCUCAGUUCAGAAGGACGACUGUAUCUUUGUGUCUGGGUGGUUUAAUACAUCAUCCACAGCAUAAUUAUUAACUUGACCAUGCUUAAAGAUAUAUUUUAAUGUCUGAUUUGUUAUUGUUACCCAUUUACCUACCAAUCACUGCCCAUCUUUGAGGCUACUGAAAUGCUCCCUGGUUUUUGUAGUUGAAUCUGUGCUUGAAAUGUAAUACUUGACUGAGGGACCUUACAGAAAGUAUAUUCACACCCCUUGACCUCUUCCACAUUUAGUUAUUUUCACUUUGAUAUUAUGGAGUAUUUUGUGUAGAUCAAUGACAAAUUCACAAUGAAAUAUAUUUCAAUCCCAACUCAUACUUAUCUAUGAUACCCACUGUAUAUUUAUUGAAUUGGGUAUAAGUGCUGACCCAGAAGCCCUUACACUCUGAAGUGAGUUUCUCCUAUCCUGACCAGCAGACCAGGGAAAACUCUGAACAGCUUGAACAAUGGACACUUUUCCAUUUCACGGGUGCAGAGGGGGAUGGGGAUGACAGAAAUGUGGUGCAGUAUUCGGAGCCCAUUCUCUUCCUCCUUCAUUGUCUGAGUGUUGUCCCCCCUUUUUUGAUCUGGCGGGCUUUUCACCCCCGGCUUGGCUGACAGUAUGUGGCAGAGUGAUCCUCUGAUUUUUGGCCUGCACGUAAGGUAACCAUACACAAUUGGGUUUGGAAGAGAGUGGUGGUUGGUGGUUAUAGUACUGCAAUAACAUUGCAAACCAAACAGAGAGGAUACGGCUUAGUGCAUUUUGAGGUCUUGUGACUAGACAUGGCUCCCUCCCUCUGAGAAGUUGGGCUUGUUGAUGAACCUAGUAGAACGGAGGAGAUCUGUUUUAAGAUGUCUAUUGAGAGAUUUAAAAAAGAAUCUGAAUGUUAACAUUUUACUUGUGAUUAUAGCUUCAUCACUAUUCUUAGUUCAUACAGGUACAACAAAUGGGGCUGACUGAAAUGUUUUCCUGAUGGUCUGUGUAUUUACCUAGACUCUUCUGCUUCCCAGUGAGAUCAAGGAAGAAGACCAAGCACUCUAAAGCAUCGAAGGCGUCUAGUAAGGGUGGCUCUAAGAAGCACUCUCCCCCCAGUAAACCCAGUAAACCGAGGGCCGCCCCUAGCAGCCCUGCAGAAAUCGACGAGAUGGUGAGAACACGCAUGGUUAGAAAGACUUUGGUCUGGUGACUCAAAGACACACUGGUGCAAGCCAGCUUCUAUGCAGAUCAUUUGACCCCUUCCCAACACUAAUAUGGUGUGUUUGGUUUGCUGCAGGUGCGUCAGAGCUCAAAGACAGGUGUGCGUCGGCAGGCCCUGGAGCUGGAGAGGAGUGAGGAGAUCCUGCAGAAACUGGUCAAAUUCCGCUACAGCUGGCCGUUCAGGUGAGACUGAUGCACUACUAGUCUCUUAGUUAGACUGGCAUGCAGUGAAACAUUUGUGAAGCUGGGAAAUGCCUCCUGAAAGUGUUUCAACUAUGGCUUGACUGGCACAACUAACUUUGGACAGAGUCCCAUCUCAAUGUAACAACAUACAUUGACACAAACUAUAUAGAUAUCAGACAGUUGAUUAGAUGUUCAAUGUAGGUGUCCAUGUGAAUUCCAUGGCAAUGGUAACAAGCUAACUAGAUUUGAGACAGUAGACCUGACCCCUAACCUCGCCGUCCUCUCUCCAGAGAGCCGGUGUCAGUAGAGGAGGCGGAGGACUACUUUGACAUCAUCUCCAGCCCCAUGGACUUCCAGACCAUGCAGGCCAAGUUCAGCGAGGGCCAGUACCGGCACGCCCAGGACUUCCUGGAGGACGUCAAGCUGGUGUUCUCCAACGCAGAGGAGUACAACCAGCCGGGCAGCUCGGUGCUCUCCUGCAUGGCCAAGACGGAGCAGUGCUUCACCGAGCUGCUCCACAAGCUGCUGCCCGGCCUCAGCUACCUGCGCCGCCGCCAGCGGAAGAGAGUCAGUCGGACCCCUCAGGUCUCGGAGGAUGAAGAGGAGGAGGAGGAAGAAGAGGAGGAGACGCCGAAGGGUCGGAAGAUGCAGAAUGCGAAAGGCAAGGUGGGUCGGCCCAGGAAAGCAGUGGUGGAGCAGAGGAGGAAAGGAAGGAGAAAGGAAGAGGAGGAGAGCGAGGAAGAAGGCGGAGCAAAGAGGAAGAGCAAGCGGGCGGUGGCCACGUCCAGCCGGAGGGACUACCGGGAGCAGGAGAGCGAUGGCGAGGAGUGCGACAACCGGAGAACUGGGCAGCGGGGGGGCGAUGGCGGGGAUAGUGACGAGGAGAACCGGGCCAGCCACCGACAUUCCAAGCGGCAAAAACGCUCAUAA